AGGCGUCUGAUGGAAGAUCAUCUUUUCUGGUCGGUCAUAAUCAUAGUACUAGCACUUCACGAACGGCAUGCGUCGGCUCUGGCUCUGGAUCUGCAGUUACCCGCUAACAAGCAGCCUCAAUGCAUCGGGACAUCAAGAGGUAAACGAUUUAUCCUUGGCUUCAAUGAUAUAUUGAUGGGUUCAACCUUGAACCUUGCUAUCUUAGUUGUUGCAUUUAGCAAUCAGCAAACAUCAGUCACCAUCAGUAGCAAAUACCAAGUUGAAGGAAAGCCGUUUGGGGAAAGCUUUGAAAUAGAGGCUGGUGGAUUCAGACGAAUUAGCGUUCCGGUUGAGCUGAUUAUGAACGGCAACGAAAGGAGUCUCAAAGGCGUCGACGUUGCAGCUUCUAGCGAUGUUUCUGUCUACAGCCUGAUGUAUCAGCACUAUAUAACUGACGGCUUUCUUGUUAUACCUACAAACAAUCUCGGCACACAGUACGUAGUGAUGACGUCAAACCCAGUAUCUAUCUGGCGAAGUCAGUUUGCUGUGCUUGGAGCAGAAGAUUUCACUUCGGUCCAGGUUACAUUACGAGGAGCUGUUACAUUCGAAGGGCAGAGCUAUAGUCCAGGUGAUGUGUUGAGAUUUACUGUCAAUAACUUAGAGGCCGUUCAAAUCCAAGGUCAGAGUUCGGAAGAUUUAACUGGAAGUAUCAUUCAGAGUGACAAACCAGUUGCUGUGUUCAGUGGCAAUGAAUGCGUGAAUCAUCCAGGCUCAGCUUGUGACGUAGUGACUGAGCAGUUGGUACCCGUUAAGAGUUGGGGACAGAAACACAUCUACACCGCGGCCCGAAGUGACGAUGACAAUAUCUACCGGAUUGUCGCUUAUUUCAGCGAAACAAAUCUCACUAUCCCGGGAAUCGAAGACCAGUCAUUGGAACCCGGUGAAUUUUGGGAAGGGCGGCUGUCGGGUUCAGGCCUAGUUACAUCAAGUAAACCAGCUCUUAUGAUGCAACAUUUGGCUUCAAUCAAUGGUAGAACGGUCGACCCUUCAUCCAUUCAGGUCCCUGCUGAGGAACACUUUGAUUUUGUGUUUGGUUUUACGACGCCACCAAUUUCAGCAGGAGGGGGUUCUGAUGGAUUUUACAAUUUCAUUAGUAUAAUCGUUAGAAACAAUGGACGCCCGACAGUAUUUCUAAAUGGAUCUCCAAUCAACAAUAUUUCAGCAGAAUUUGACGUCCCAAACACUGACUACAUAUCACUCACAGUUCAACUACCCAGAGGAGAAGGUGUGUAUUUCGUGGAACAAACAGACCCCCAGUCGGCACCACUUUCUGUCAUUGUCUAUGGUUACGAAUUUAUCGAGACAUAUGGCUACGCCGCUGGUCUGUCUCUCCCCACCAAUAAACAAGUGCUGAGUUUGACUCCUUACUAUUUGCGAGAACUUGGUGGCGAGCUUUUUACAGUAACUGUUCCCUGUUUGCAAACAAAUGCUAUAUCUUUACAAGAUGCCAAGUGCAAAUUUGCCACUAGCCUCGGAGAUGUCCUGGUUCCUGGUGAACGCACCGACUCUUAUACUGUUAUUUGUAUCACCCCCACCUUGUACAAGAACGGACUAACACCAGUCUAUGUAUCACUUGACGAUGGUGAAUCAUUCCCGUACUCUGGCAAUGUGUACGUUGCAUCUGAAGAGGACCUUGCACCACUAGUUCAAAUCCAACAGAUGAAAUCUGAAUAUGGCAAUGGCAUCGUUGACUUAACCUUAGAUGACCCAAUUAUCAUAUCCUGGGAUCCCAAAAGUAUUGGUGAAGGCGUUUCACAUGUGACUGUUAUGACGCAAGCAACAGAUUACGACAGCGAAGGGAAUCCAGUCUUGAUGGAAGGUGUUACUGUGAAGAGCAAUGUCUCGAACAACGGAAGACUGACGAUACAUGCAAGCGAACUGGAAUCACUCACCGGUGAUGAUUUGUCACUUCAAGCAUUAUAUCUCACUCCAUCUGCCGUGCAAAAGCGAGCUAUACCAAUCGUGAUUGUAUUGGCCAGAAGAAUCUAUAAAGUUUAUAAAAUUGUGAAACGCACCUGCACAAUUUCUAAGUAUCUCUUCAAAACCACUGUUCCCACUGGACUUCCUGCAUGUCCUUGCAACACAGCACAAGCUGGUCAAGACCUGAACAUACAAGAAGCUAAUUUUGCGAAUUCCUUCUUCCAUCCGGGUGCUGAGAACUGCUACCGGUCUAUUAAUUCAUUGCCGAAUGGAGCAGGCCAACAGUGUUGUUACGGAAAAGACGGUAACAUCCUAGUAGGCCCUCCUGGAGGAGGAACAGCCGACAGGUAUGGUCCUGGUGGGUUCUGGAAUACAAUCUGGCACCAGUGGUUCGAUGUUCUUCCUUUUAUUUGUCUUUGCAAACUGUCAAACAACUGUAAGGAAUACUACAAGUACAGACCAUCUGAUGAUUGUUCUGACUACGACCCACCUCGACCGGCUGGGGGCACUGGGGAUCCCCAUUUGACAAGUCUGGAUGGCUACAAGUUCACCUUUAACGGAGCCGGGGAAUUCCUGAUGGCGUCAUCUGCAGUACAUAACUUGACCUUCCAAGCCCGUAUGGAGAGGUACCGCAACACCAACGCCUCUGUGUACACGGCAUUUGUUCUUCAAACCAAUGAUUCCUCCAAAGUCCAGGUGCAGAUGUCUAACAUGAACGAGACACUGAUUCUUGUAGACGGCGAGCCGUUGCGUCUUGACUCGAUACCUGUCAAAGUCCAACGCCUCCCGGGGGUUCAAAUCCGCUUCAACUCUGUCUUGACUAAAAUCAACAUAGCAUUCAGUGCUGGCAUUGCCGUUACCGUGAACAUUGAUACCGAUGUGAUGUCUUUCAUCGCUGAACUAGGCGCUAAGUUCCAGGGUCAGGUUCAAGGGCUUCUCGGAAACUUAAACGGAAACCCAGAUGACGAUCUUCAGUUCCCAAACGGAACCAUUUUGGAGCCCGGAUCUUCGCUUAGAGAACUUCAUGAUUUUGGCUUGGAGUGGUUGGUGGCUCAAGAGGACACCAUAUUCACCUACAUUUCCCCAUUUGACUACAGCACAUACCACUUUCCUGAGUUUUCCCCGACCUUCGAGAUUCCUGAUCUGAACCAAGUGAGUCAGGAAAUCAAGGACUUGUGUGGCGAUUCCAUUGAGUGUGUCUUUGAUGCGGUAACCACCGGCAGCCUGUCUUUCGCUAACGAGACUCUUGUGCAGGAAAGCACAAUAAGUGAAGUCCAGAAAGGGUUGGUCAAGAUUGUUAGCUGUGGCUAUCCGGGUGAUGUGGAGAAUGGGUCGGUGUCUGGGUCAAUAUAUCUUGUGAAUGCCACUGUGGAUGUAGCUUGUGAUGAUGGCUUCACCUUGACAGGAUCUUCCAGUUUGAUUUGUCUUGAGGAUGGUCAGUGGUCGUCUGAUCUCCCUGUUUGUGCUAAAGGUGGAGAGGUGGAGGGGUUAUCGUCAGGUAUCGUAGCUGCGAUUGGUCUUGGUUGCUCGCUAGCUGUACUUGUCGCAGUCGGUGGUCUUAUCUUCUUUACAAUGCAGAGAAAGUAUUCAAAAAAGGGGCGAGAAUAG